UUCAGUUUUCGGACAACCAGAUCACACCAUGUUUGCCGCUACUCUUGGAUGCACGGACACACCUCUCUCUCUCUAACUUCUCUCUCCUCGACUCUCUUUUGGCGCCUCUCUCUCUCUCUCUCUCUCUGGACACCAGCUCACGCGUUAUUUCCCGCUUCUCUUGGACGCACGGACAUCUCUAUCUCUCUUUCUCUCUCUUCAUUCAUUAAAUUCUUUGGGGACAAACAAGAAGCCAUGGUCUGAACUUCAUUUGGCGCUUCUUUGUGAGAAUCAAAUUGGGGUUUCAAUCUGUCACUUUAUGCAAGUGGAACAAACAACUAUCAUCCUUCUGGUGCGCGCUCUCUCUUUCUCUCUCUCAAAUAAUUAUCUUCAGGUUCCACCCAUCCUCAGACUCCCCAUCACCAAUCUCUUAGCAAACCAUCUCUGCUAUUGUUUUCCUCAAUUACUUUAAGAGUUUUCCGAUUUGGAGUGUAGCUGUUGGGUUGGUUUGUUGAUAGCUGAUGGGGAGUCCCGACGAAGAAGAUUUCUAUCUCAACCUCUCUCGCAGAGAACUUCAAAGUCUAUGCAAGAAGCAUGGUCUUCCUGCAAAUAGAUCACAGUCUUAUAUGGCAGAGUCACUUAUUUCACUUUUCAAGGAAAAGGAGCACGAUGUGCGAGGAGAUUCAUGUACAAAGAAUCCAAUAGAAGAGAGACCUAUUAAAACACAGGAGUUGAGUGUUAAAGCUCCAUUGAGCUUCUUUAAAGAAAACAACGAAGUUGAUUGCAAUGGAAAUGUGCAAGAUACUGUAGGGACAUCCAAAAAAAGACUUGAGGCUAUGGAUCCUAGUAUAUCUGGUUCCUUUAACUCCGUCCAAGGCAAAGAGCAUCACAAUGAGAGGAAUAAUGGUUUUGUAAACCAGUUUGAGAGAAGUGCCUUAAGGGAGUGUCUUGAACCUUCUAAUCAGAUAGAAAGGGUCACCCAAAACUUGGCUCCUGCAAAUUUUGCUGAUACCAACACAAGAGGUGGCUCUGGUUCAGUCUUCAGUCGUAAUGCCUGUAUACACGAAGGUAUACAACCUGUCCAAGCACGUGAUACCCAAGACAUUUAUGGAGGAAAUCAAUCUGCGGGUAAAAAGGAUGAUGAAAGCACACAAGGUGUACAUGAUCAAUCUGUUGAAGGGUGUCAAGGGUCUUUCCAAUUCUUUGUCAGGUCUGAGGAGGGAAUCAACCUCUAUGUUGAUCUUAACUCAAGCCCAGCAGACUGGAUUAAGAAGUUAAAGGAUGAAGUGCACAUUUAUCAGCAAAUGCACUACCACAAGCCCUGGGCUCAUGAGCCAAGAAAUUUAGAAGACAUUUGCCAUGGCAGUGGUGAUGGGAAAACAUUAGACCAGAGAAUUAUUGAUAGCUCCUCAUUAACAUCAAUUGGAACUUCUUUAGGAACAUUUGGGGCUUUGGAGUACAAUCAAAUGAAACCAAUGCCCUAUGUACCUGAGUGUGAUAGAGAAAAGGUUUUCAUGUCUUCUAUUGUUUCAAGCAAGGGCAAAGAUAAGCCCCCGAAUUCAGUGGCUUCUUUUGAGACAACAGUAAAUAAUGCUUAUGUACCUGGGAAUGACCAAAACUUAGAUUCUGUUAGAGACUCAGGUGUGAAUUUCCUUGAGUGUCAACUUCCCAUUACUUCUGGCAUUGAUCGAGAGAAUUCAAACAAACGCUUAUCAGUUGGUCUUCAUGAAAAAUCAAUCGUAUCCAGCACCUGUAAUCUUGAAAAGCCAAACAGUGUGCACGGUAAUUCCUUGGCAUUUGGAAACAAAGCGCCUGAAAGAAUAGAAGCCAAAGAUUCCUUGUUAAGUGAACAUAAAGUGCCUGAGAUGAUAGAAGCAGCAAAUGAUCAGCCCAAGGGUAUAUCAUCCGGUGCCACCAAUGAUGCAUAUAGUGAAUCACGUGCAUUACCUGAAGAAGAUGUUAUCAAGGCUCCAUUUGGUGAGAAUCAGAUCUCAGGAAAUGCACACUUGCACACCUCUUCAGAUAAGGCUAGUAAAAGAGCUCGCAGUUCAGAAUGCUUAGAAGAGCUGCAUACUAAGCAGACUGAUAUCAUGGACCAUCAUAAUAGUCAGGAUGAUGCUACAACUCCGAAGAAUUUAAGAAGUCUGAAGAAUCUGGCAAGAGUUUCCACUCAGAACAUGGCAGUUACACCUCGACGAAGAUCCAUGCGGCUGGUUCCCAAGGCCCUUAAUCAAAUGACUACUGGAUUGACACACCUUUAUGAAGUAAAAGAUCUCAAACUGAAGCACCAAGACCAUGAAGAUAUUGUAACUGAAGGAUCGGAAAUAGUGUUGGCUGUGGCUUGAUAUGCUAGCUCUUCAUUAGACUGAGCAGUCGGUCUCUGCUUAGUGCUCAGACUAUAUUAGAGCCAACAUAUGAUAGAGCAGGGAUCAUCAGUUGAGUUGCCAUAUCUAGUCUGUAUAACAAAUUCAUGAUGGUGCUAACAUGGAAAGGACCCUGGUCUCUCGUGCCCUUAUGAACCUGUGAUUUGUAAGAUGCAAUUCCAACUACUGUGCGAUAAAUCUUUAUAUGCAAAAAAUACUAGAGUGGGCCAAGCCCUCUCAUUCCGAAGGUGAGUUGAAGGGUACUUUGAAUGCAUGUGAUUUCUUGUUGAUCUUGUUUGCUAAUAAUAGAGUUGAAGGGUACUUUGAAUGCAUGUGAUUUCUUGUUGAUCUUAUCUGCUAAUAAUAUUUCAUCUAGGCAUUGUUAGAAAGCUUGUCGAUCUUGUCUGCUAAUAAUUAUUUCAUCUAUGCAUGGUUAGCAAGCAUCAUGAUGUACAUCAGAAAUAUACUAGGUUCACAAAGGAACAUCAUUUUACAUAUAUUUUUUUUUUCUAAUUUUAGAUUUUAAACUGAACCAUAAAGCACCCCAUAUAUGCUGAAAAAUCUGUUCCACCAUGUAUGAAUAUCGACAUACUACUGAAGGAAAUCUCACUUUCUUUGGGUCUCUCUCCCUCUCUCUCUUUGUGUGUGUGUGUGAGUGAGUGUGUGCGUGAAGAAAUUAAUUGAUUCACAAUAAAGUUGGAAUUUGGGUCUUUUUUGUCAUAUUUUCUUUAUAGAUUUGCUAUUAUUUUUCACCGGAUCUACUAGAAAGCAUGGUUGAUUUUGCCUAUAUUCCUUUAGGGAUGCGUCAAACUGUGUGGUUCACACUUACCAUAUUGGCUCAUUUUCUAGAUAGGUGCAAAAAACCCAUUCAUGGUGACAUCCAUAUAGAGCUUCUUGUGCAUCUACUUUCCAUUUACAUACCUCAUGGAUCAUUUUAAUUUCUCUUUGAUGAUUUGCACAUUUCCCUGAUCAGUGUCAUAACACAUUAAUCUAUUAUUAUAUCCUUUGAGUUACCAGUAAGACAUAUUGAAUCUUCAAAUUGGUAGUUUUCUUGAUAGACCUUUACAAUUAUUGGGUUCGUUAUAUUUACUGUAUUCUAAUCUUCUUUCAUCUGACAGUGAGACCCAAAGUAAUGUACUUAUCAACAUUUCCAAUUUGGAGGACGUUAUCUGGGUGUACCUGGGUGGAUUGUGCAAUACAAGUCCAUGUAGAAUGUGCAUAGGUAAGGGUUACAACUAAUUGUCGUGUCAUCGAUGGAAUGUUCCUUUUUUUGCAGGCAUUCCAAUAUGGUGCCGUUUGUGACCUUAGGACACCACGAUUAUGAUGCAUGAUGUUUCCAUGGGACUCACCAGGAUCUUGAGGCGAGUUGACUCAGGUGACUCAUUCAACUUGCUGCGCAUUAAUACACUGGUCAUGAUCAUGAUGGUGGUGGUGGUAAUGAAGAUGAACAGAUGAUGUUGAUGGUUUUUGCCUAUUAGUUAACAUUGAUAUAAACCACCUCGAGGUGGGGAUUCGUGCUCCAUUAGUGUUUCAAGCUUACCACUAUCAGCAUGUGUAUCAUGGGUAAUUCAUAUCCCUCGGACAUGCUUUUAUUUUUCAAUGAAUUUGUCAUUUGGCCUACAAGUGAUCAGAUCGAAAUGUGGUAUGAUUCAUUGCAUUGGGUGGCUUCAUGUUCUCUGAGUAAAGCUGGUGGGCUUUUGAGCAGUGGGGGAUGGUCGGCUGUAUAUUUCCUUGAUAAAGAGUUAAACAAUUCGGUAAGUUUCACAAGAAAAUGUUAGAACAAUUUUUAGCACUAUAGAUUUGUGAAUACAUGAGUUUUAGGCAGGCAUAUUAUUUUAGGGGAUUGUAUACUGUUUACUUUUGGAACAAGGAGGUCACAUUCACUCU